UCCUUAUCAAACCGAAAGAAAAUAACGAUAUAAACGACCGUACAUCAGCAGCCUGAUCGAGGACUCCCUCAUAAUUUCAAAUCCUGGCCGUUGAUCAUAAAAUAUUGCAUGAUAAAAAGAGUUUAGAUUAAUACGUUUCAUUGUUUGUCAAAUAUUACUCUUUUUUUUCGCCCUUUUAAAUUGUUUGUUUCAUAUUUUAAAAAAUAUUCUCAUUUUUUAUUAUUAUUUUCUAUAUUUUUUAUAAAUCAAAUAUAUCAGUUGUUUUUGAGUUUUGUUUCUUCGUCUCUGUAUUUCAUUUGAGGUCAAAAGCUUUGGUUUGUUUUUCUUUUUUAAGUAGUGAUUUAACUGAUUUUCCAUCACUUUCCCUGGAAAUAAAAUCUUGCUCCUUGUCCCUUACCCUGAUUUGAAUUCUCAAGUUUCAUGGUUUUCUAAUUUCUAGUUUCCCUCUUGAAAAUUAAAUUUCAUUUUUAUUGGUUUCUUCAAUGGUGUAAAAAACAAAGGCUUUGACUUUCUUCUUGGGAUUUUUCAGAUUGAAGCAUACCACUUUCUACCCAUUCAAACCUAGAAAAAAAUUUUGAAUUUUUGGUUCAGGUUUUGAUAAUUCAUCAGUUUUUGCUUUCUGGGUGUCUGGGAAUUUUUGAAAAUCACAAUCUAACUCAGAGAUCUCCUUAUUUGUUUCAAUUGUUUUCCUUGAAAUUUGAGAGUUAAAAGGUUUAUGAAAGUUUUCUUUUUUCACCUCGUUGGCCUAAUGGGGUUUAUGAUUUAUGAUAAAAGAUCCACUUUUUUAGCCAAAUUAUCAAAUUUUGUGGCAGUGUUGUUUAAAGUUUAUUGAUUUGUAGAUUUAAAGUUUUUUAGCAGAAUUUUGUUGUGUGGGGAGGUGUAAUUGUCGAUGGAUGCGGUCCAUAAUGAUGUUAAGGAUGUUAAUCGACAUAAAAACAAGACUUUAGGUACCAUAGAUUCUCCAAAAGUUAAAGAUCACACUGAUGGAGAAGAUUACAGUGAGUCAAAUUCUUUGUUGCCACCUAAGAUAGGUGGGAUGUCAAGAAAACCUGAAAAGACACUGCGAAAAGUCCAAUGGAAUGAUAGAAAUGGGAAUAAACUCGCAGAGAUUCUGGAGUUUGAACCAAGUGAUGUGAGCGAUUCUGAUGCUGAGGAUUCUGAUUCCUGCAUAUGUAUCAUAAUGUAGAUAGAAUACACGACACCACCAGGAAUUAUCUGCUGGAAAAAUCAAUUCCUCCUUCAGUUUCAACCAUGAUUUUGAUGAAUUUGCUACAAGAUAGCCCUGGUUUCAACUCGCUGUUGGAAGGAUAUAAAGGUCUAAAGGCUGAGCAAGGCAGUCUCUCAUACAUUUGCAGUUUAUCAAACUGGAGCUCCUUACCAUUUCUUGAGUGGUUUCUCAUGUGUUUCACUACCUAUUAUGUGUAUUUCAUUAACCAUUAAGAUCCCUUUUUUUGGCUUUCUCUCUAUGUUUAUAUAUACGAGUUGAACAACAUUUAAUAGAUCACAUUCCUUGAUAAUCAUGUAAAUGAAAUAGUUAAUACUUUUAAAUCUUAUUUGCAUCUUCUGAGUGUUGGUGAUCUCCAUCACAACAUUCUUGGUUGCUAGUUGCCACACUGAGGCAGAAGAGAAUUUUGUCCACAAUAACCAUUUGCUGAUAAAUUAAGAGUUUGCUUCAUGAUGAGAAGAGACAUACGAUCGUGGUAUACUGGGUAAGGUAUUGUGCGUUGUUAUUCUGGUUACUGUUUGGUCAGGUAUGGGUUUGUAACUUUCAUCAGAACUGCAAAUGAAUCCAUUAUAUGGAUUUAAUAAAGUACAUAUAUUUGAGCACUUAAAACUUCUGAAUUGAUCCUACCAUAUGUUUUUAGUUGUGAGAGAAUCAUUCAAUACUGCAGAAUGUGUAAACUAUGCUUAUUCUGAUUGUCUUUGUUUAGAACAUAUACUUCCAUUGAGCCCAUUAUUGAGCAUAGUUUAUCAAAUAUGCUGUAUGAUU